CAAAAAAUAACGAACAAUGGAUGGGUUUGGUAGUUUUUAGCCGAUCGAAUAAUAGCAAUUCAACAUGAUUCCACCCUACAAUUUUUAAUCCUAUAUUUCUUCUGUUAGAACUUCCGUCGGUAAUUAACUAAGGCCUCUGUUAGCUAGCCAUUGUCGUCAACGGAAAAAAGAAUCAGAGAUCUGCACUUCACAGCUGCAGCAGCAACAACAAAAAAAGUGAAAGAGUCUCACGACUCUUCUGGGUCUAUAUUAAUGCCUUAUUUUUUCUUCUUUGUCAGAAAUGGAAAAUCAUGACAUUUUCUCUCCUGAAGGAUCAAAUUUAUUUGGCGGCGGAGCUCCGAACGUACAAGAUGAUGAUGAGCUGCCGAUUAUUCCUGGCGCAAUCGGAGAGUUCUCUUUCCCGCCGCCGGGAAUCGAACUCCUCGCUUUCCCGCCUUCCGCCACCUCCUUUCCUCAUCAAGAUGCGCCCCAGCUGCCGCCAGCUGGCGCCCUCGGUGCUUCGUCCUCGAAUGAUGCGCCAUUGUCGGUCGAAGAUCUGGUCAGGAUCGCGGCGUCCAAGUUCGUGUGGUCCCGCUCGAACGAUACGACGUCGUUCGACGUUCAACUAUCGGAGGAUGAAUCCGAGAGCGUGACGCUCGCCCAGCUCCUCCUCGAAGCCGCGGAGGAGGUGGGCGAGCGCAGAUUCGACCCGUCGAGGACACUGCUCGAUCAGUGUGACCGGCGGUCUUCUCCGACCGGGAACCCGGUCCAAAGACUAGUAUUCUACUACUCUCAAGCUCUGCGCGACCGAAUCGACCGGGAAACCGGGCGAUCGGCGUCACCGCCUGAGACGGUGACGGAGCGGUCGAGAGAUCUUUACAAAGUCGUGAUGAUUCCGAGCAUCCGGUCAAUUGAGUUCCAGUCCAAGAUCCCUUUCUCUCACGCGGCGCAGUUCGCGGGGAUCCAGGCCAUAGUAGAGCAACUGGAUGGCACCACAAAGAUCCACAUCCUCGAUUUCGCGGUGAGAAACGGGCAGCAGUGGAUCAUCCUGAUGCAGGCGCUGUCGUCGCGACCGAAACGUCGUCGCGUCCGUCGCCUGAAAAUAACCGCCGUGGCGACCCUGGGGCAGGAACAGAUCGAGCGAACGGGGAGUAGGCUGGUGAGCUAUGCGGAAAGCGUGGGUCUGCCCUGCAAAUUCGACGUGGUGAUGGUCUCGGACCUAGCCGAGCUACGCCGAGACCACAUACAGGUUCAACCGGAUGAAGCCGUAGCUGUGCUGGCCGAGUACGUGCUCCACACUAUGACCGAACCUAUGGACCGGCUCGACUCGUUGGUUCGAGUGAUACGGAGCUUCAACCCGUGUGUCAUGGUGGUGGGGGAGGUGGAAGGGAACAUGAACUCGCCGGUCUUCAUAGACCGGUUCGUGGAAUCGCUCUUCUUCACUAGCGCGUUCUUCGACUGCAUGGAGGAAUGCAUAGGGAGAGAUGAUGAGGUGGUGAGGAAGUACGGGGAGGAGACCUUGUUUGGGGAGGCGAGCAAGAUUGUUGUGGCGAUUGAAGGACGAGAGAGGAUUAUUAGAAACAUGAAGGUGGAUGUUUGGAGGACUUAUUUCCAACGUUUCGGAAUGUGGGAGGUGGAGCUCAGCCGAUCGUCGUUGUAUCAGGCAGAGCUUGUGACGAAACGACUGCCGAGUUGGGGUCCUUGUACGGUUGGGAUGGAUGGGAAGAGCUUGAUCGUUGGAUGGAAGGGUACGCCCAUUAAAUCAGUUACCGUUUGGAAGUUCUAGUCACUUGAGUGAUGGAUUGAUAAAUACCUAUUCUACUUGUACGUUGAACUCCAUAGCUAAACUAAUACUUUAGAUUUAUUCUUUGCAUAAUUCCUGGAGGAAUGACAUAAGAGAAAUUUAUAUAGCAAGCCAAACCUAAUUGACUAAGGACAAUAAAGUAAAUAACAGUUACGAUAAGAUAAGGUAAGGUAACCGCGUGUAGCCGUUUUUGGACAAGUUUCACUUUGAUCCUUGAGCUCUGUUUCUUGUUAGUUAAAUCCUUAGAGUUUCAGGCUUGUAGAAACUUGGCAAUGAAGUAUGUUGGUUAGUUGCAGAUUAGUAGCUAGGUAGUUGAGUCAUGUUAGCUGAGUUUUAGGGGCAGAACGAUCGUUUCAGUUAGGGAAGCUUGGGUUCUAGGCUUAAGCACGUUUUAUUUUGUUUUCAUAUUCAAUAACAAACCGUUAGUUUGCCCUAAGUUUGCUAUUAUUGUGGUAUCAUAGUAUUGGCUUACUAUAACCACACCAUUGUGAGUUAAAGAGCAAAGAGAGUUUGAGUGAUCUGGGUUGGAAAACACGAGGGAUUUUGUGUGAGGACAUUCAUAAAGGUGAGUGAAACAUGAUUAUUGUGUGAAUGUUGUGAAAGUGUGAAGAAUGAGUGAAAAUUUUGGCUUUCCUCACCUAUGUAUUCCUCGCUUUGAUAGUUACUAUGAUCAUUGGAGCUAGGUUAUUGAAAACCUGCUCAGAUAUAAGGAAUUCUGGGAAGUGAUUUCCACUGAAGUAGAAACUACAACAACUGAGGUGCUGACAAAUAAGAAAGCAAAGAACUUCAUGAGUUAAAGCUGAAGGAUCUCAAGGUAAAGAAUUAUCUUUUUAGUUUUAUUAAAAGACACUCCGAAAUACUACAACUUAGAAGGCAACUACAAAAGAGCUCUAGGAUUCCAUGAAAGGUGCUAAGCUGCAGACUUCGAGAAGAAGUUUUGAGGUGUUGGAAAUGAAGAAUGGAGAGAGUGUGAAUGAUUAUGUUGGUCGAGUGAUGGUGGUAGCAAAUGACAUGAGGAACUAUGGAGAAGAAGUAUCAGAUGUGAAGAUAGUAGCAAAGAUUUUAAGGACAAUCAUUGAGAGAUUCAACUCUAUCGUUUGCUCCAUUGAGGAGUUGAAAGACAUAGAUACACUCAUAGUGGAUGAAAUUCAGAGAUACCUAUUGGUUCAUUAGGAAAAAUUCAUGAAAAGGAAGCUAGUGAUGACCAUGCUCUGAACAUCGGCCAUGAUUUUGGUGGUCGGGGUGGACAAGGACUGGAAGUGGAGCUUUUCAAGGAAGUGGUAGAGGCAUGAUAUGGAAUAGAGAUACAGUAGAGUGUUUCUGCUGCCAUAAUUUAGGUCACUUCAAUUAUGUGUGUCCUGAACUCUAUGGCAGCAGAAUCACUUUACUCAUGUUGUUAUGCUAAAGAAAGUCAGUUCCGAACAUGAAGGAAGAAGUCCUUCUCAUGUCUUGUACUGAAGCCACUGAGACUGAACCAAAAUUACUAAGGAGCCUAUUGAAUACAUCUCAAUAGCAUGAAGGGUGGUGGUUCUUGGAUUCUGAUUGCAACAAUCACAUGACAGAAGAAAAAAGAUGGUUUUCGUCACUCAACACUUCUUUACUUGCUCAGUCAAACUAGAAAAUGAAAAAAAAUUAAUUGUGCAAGGCAAGGGAACUAUUAAGCUUAAUAUGGACAAGAUAACUCUAGUUGUACAAGAGGUGUUCCAGGUACCAGGUUUGAAGUCAAAUCGGUAGCAUAGGCCAGAUGCAGGAAAAGGAAUUGAAUUCCCUUUUUCAAACUAAAGUAUGCAAGAUAUUUCAUGGUGAAAUGGGCUUCUAUUGUAGACAAGGAUGAAAAUUAACAUAUUGUUUGUUUUGCACUAUGAUCUGCCUCAAGAACCUGAAACAAGUGUAUGCAGAUCAAUGAUAACUCGGAAGCAUAAAUGAUCAUGUGGCACAGAAGGUAUGGAUAGUUGAACUAUCAAGAACGAGACUUCAAAGAGGAGAAAUUGUGAAGGGAUUACCUGUUAUGACGGGCAAAACAUGAGUAUGAUCAACCUGUUUAAUAGGAAAGCAACAUAGAACAUUCUUUCCCAAGCACAAUCAAUGGCAAGCAACACAAAAGCUCCAAUUGAUCCAUGAUGAUCUAUGUGUCCCUAUCACUCCAGUGUCAAGCACUGGGAGGAGGUACAUAUUCACCUUAAUAGAUGACUUUAGCAAAAAAUUAUAGGUUUACAUAAGUAAAAAAUAUUUAGGAUGUUUAAAGUUUUUAAGACUCUUGUGGAAAAGGAAGGGAAGGCCACAAUCAUGUGUCCCAAAACAAAUAGGGGUGGAGAGUUUCUCGCAAAUGAGUUCAAGCAUUCUUUGAUGAAGUGAGAAUUAGAAGACAGUUAACUGCAACUCUUACUCCAAAGCAAAAUGGGGUGGCUGAAAGAAGGAAUAAGACCAUUCUCAACAUGGCCAGGUGUAUGUUUGUGGACACCAAAGUACUUGCAAUCUUAUGGACAUAAGCAGUAAGUUGGACCACACACAUACUGAACAGGAUUUCACAGGGACUAUAGUAUGUAACUCCACCUUCAGUAGAACAAUUUAAGAUAUUUGGGUGUGCAGCAUAUGUUCAUGCACUUAACCAGCAGAGGAAGAAACUUGAAAUUAAGAAUACAACGUGCA